UCACACACACAAAAAAGGCUUCAAAUCGUAAACCCUUUCUCAAACACAAACCCCUCUUCUCUUCUCCUCUCUCUCUCUCUCUCAAAUCCCACCAAUUUUCUCUCUCCUCCAGCCGCCAUGGGAACACCAGAAACAUCUCGAGAACCAUGUCCCGACCGAAUCCUCGACGACUUAGGCGGCGCCUUCGCCAUGGGAGCCGUCGGAGGUUCAGUCUUCCAUUUCAUCAAGGGAGCCUACAAUUCCCCUAAAGGUGAGCGCUUUCUUGGUGGGGCCAGCACCGUUCGAAUGAGCGCACCUCGAACUGGUGGUGGGUUCGCCGUUUGGGGUGGUCUAUUCUCGACUUUCGACUGUGGUAUGGUGUAUAUUCGUCAAAAGGAAGAUCCUUGGAAUUCAAUCUUCGCCGGAGCUGCCACUGGUGGGUUCCUUCAGAUGCGUCAGGGUCUCAGAUCAUCUGCUCGUUCUGCCGCUUUUGGUGGGGUUCUUCUUGCUUUGAUUGAAGGUGCUGGGAUUAUGUUUAAUCGGGUUUUAUCGCCGCCGCCGCAGAUUAUGUAUGAUGAUCCGGGCAUGGCGGGAGCUGGGAUGGGUGGUGGUGCUGGGGCCCCGCAGAUGGGGGGUUAUGGGUAUGCUCAAACGGGUGCUGGUGCUGGUGGGUCUGAGCAGGGGAGUCAAAGUGGUGGGUUUUUUGGUGGGUGGUUUGGUGAUGGUGGUGAAGGGAAGAAGGAGGAAAGUGGUUCGAGUAGUGGUGGGGGUGAAUCGGUUUUGGAGAGCUUUGAUACGCCUACUCCAAUGCCUAAUUUUGAUUACAAAUGAGGAGCAUAAUGGUUUGUUGAAGGGUUUCAUCAUAGCUGGUUACGAUUAUUCCCAGGAACUUCUAACUGCUUCAGCAAUAAGCAUCGCAAGAGGAUUUUGACAUACGUUUUCUUUUGUGGUAUAAAUUUUAUGUGGUGGAAGGAUUCUACACUACUGGGGCUCUUUUCAUUAAUUUAGUUUGGUUGGAAAGGAAAUUCAGCCAGGAGCUUGUAUAUGUAGACGAGUACUAUAUCUUGAAUUUAUAAAUGUGUGCUACGUAGUAUUAGUAGUUUAGAGUAGCCGAUAUUUAUGUAACCUGGUACUUGGCUUCGUUUAAGCUCUUAUUCGUUUAACUGUGGAUGGUGAAACCUCAAUCAGAUGGUAAUAACCAUCUGUUUUUACUACUACCAUUGUGGCACAUCUACAUUUUUUAUUGUAUCGACUUUGUGCUGCACA